CUAUUUCUAAAACAUUUGUAGGUUCGGAAAUUUCCAUGUCUAUGGAACAUUUAUUCUACUGAUUACAAAGACAGAAACAUCAAAAAUAAUGCAUGGCAAGAAUUGGCAAGAAUAUUUCAAAAGGAUUGUAAGUAAACCCCUACUAUCUCAUAGCUACAUAUAUAUUUGCUGUUGUUUUUAUUUUUAGAAAGAAAGUAAAAUCACAUAAUUUUUGGAAUCUGAUAUUAAAUAUAUACUGUGUAUAUAUAUAUUUUUAUUAUUUGUAGGUGAAUUCCUUCAAAAGCAACUAAAAUAUUUAAAAGACAACCUGAAAAAAUGUCUCGACAGAAGAACAAGGAUGACAAAAUCAGGUGCAGCUGCUUCGUCGUUACCAAAAUGUAACUAUUUUGAACAGAUGUCCUUUCUUUAUGAAAGAGCACCUAUGAACUUCCCAACUGAAAGCAAUGUACGGAUACAGAGUAAAGAAAAUACAGAACAAACGUGUUCAAAGGAAAGCGUUGAUCAACCCCCUGAUGUAGAUUUGUUCACACCACCACAAUCUCCUAUGAUUUUGAACAAAAUUACGGACAAUGGCAGCGCUACUGUCACGGCAAAGCGGGAGAAAAGAAAACGUAGUGAGAAUGCAGAAGGAAAUAGAAUUUUGAAAGAGUUGGAUGCAAUAGAGAAAGAAUUAAAAGCUGGUGAUAAAGAGGAAUGUGAAGAUAGUCUUUUUUGCCGUAGCCUAGUGCCCACUUUAAGAAAAUUAUCUGCCAAGAAGAACAAAAUGGCAAAAAUUAAGAUUUCACAGCUGUUGUUUGAAAUUGAGUUUGAUGAGGCAUGUGAAUAA